AUGGAAGGAUUUAGAACAGCUGUUUUAUUUAUUAUUAUAUAUCUGUCUUUUUAUUUGGCCCAUUCAAAAAUUGACAAUUUUGAUGAUAUUAUAAUUGUUGAAGAGCCAGAUGAAUCAACAAAUGGAGAUGUGAACUCAGCAAAAAAUUCGGAGGCUAAAAACGAAGGUAGUAACCGGAACGAGGUGCAUGGAAGUAUAUUGUACUCAUGGGUAGGAGAAAAUGAAAAAUUGUUUUACUUAAAAAUAGUAUUAUUUAUAUGUGUAUUAAUUGUAACCAUUGUUAAUGGUUUGAUAGGGAAGAAAACGAAUAGAAUGAUUGCUCUCUAUUGGUUAAGGUCAUGUAAAGAUAUAUUUUUAGAACAAUUUGCAAAGUUAGGUAAUGAUAAAUCCUUUUUAUUAGAAAAAUCUUAUGAUAAUUAUGAUUUUUAUUGUACUGGUAGAAAGAAUUGUAAUUAUUAUUUUGUUAACUUAAAUUUAUGUAAAAGGCAAUGUUUAUGGAGGUACUAUAUUUUAAAUUAUAUAAUCAAACAAAAUGAUACUAUGAAUAUUGCUAUCAAUUUUGAAAAAUUGGAUAAAAAUAUUUUAUGUGUUUAUAAAAAACAUCAGAAAAAAAAUAUUGAAUAUCGUUUCCCGAACUUAAAUAAAUACACAAAAUUUUUGAGCAAAAAAGAGAUAAAACAAGUGUAUGAAAUUAAAGGUGAUUCAUCUGAAAUUGUUGAUUUAGUUUUAAGUGGUAAAAUAUUAAAUUUCUUAAAUACUUACGAUAAAUAUAUAAAUUAUUUAUGUAUUACUGAUAUUCCAUUAUUUGAUUGUGAAGAUAAAACGAAUGAAAAAAAAGACGAAAAUGUUAAAGUUGAAAAGCAUAAAUUUUGUUUUUUAAAUUUUGUUAUUCCAAAACAUGUGGAGGAUUUACGUUUAUUAAUCAAUUUUUCUAUUUACAUGAUCGAUGCAUGUUACUGCAUUGAGUUAUCGGAAAGGGUUAGAGAUCAUGUUAAAAAAAUAAGAAGUAUUGUUGAAAAGGAGGAUAUACGAAAGAAACAAGAAUUAAGAGAAUUACAAGAAAAAAAAAAGGCAAAAAAAAUACAAGAAGAAAAGGAAAGAAUUGACAAAAUGUCCGCCGACCAACAAAGGAAGUAUGAGGAAAAGAAACAAAAAAAAAGUUUGAAAAAAAUGAAGAAAAUUAAAAUUUUAAAAAUGUGA